UGCAUAUCGGUCACUUUACAUCUUGAACUGGGUAUACCGCUACUUCACAGAACCGCACUUUGUACAUUGGAUAACCUGGAUUUCAGGCCUCGUGCAGACGUUGCUUUAUGCUGAUUUCUUCUAUUACUACUUCCAAAGCUGGAAGAACAACACGAAACUAGAACUUCCUGCUUGAGCCCAUAUCGGAGACAAACAGGAGCUGGCUGAAGAUGAUCCGAUGAACGUUUAUAAGUCUUAUGUUUGGAUGUUUAAUCAAAACUAAAAACAUCCUUGUUUUGUUGGCUAUCAUUAGGUCCAAGAGUAACAAAACCUGAUAUAUAUUCAUCAUAUUUAGAAUCUCAAGAAUCAUGUCUUUGCUAUUAGUAGAUGGUUAAAAGCAUAUAUUCUUUAUGUAACAGAAGUUUGUGACUUCA